AUGAAGGGGAAGCGGGAGGCGAAGCAGCGCCCCGUGAGGCUACCCAGUACCCAAGUGGAACACGACCUGACUUUCUUGGUCAAACUGACGACACCUUACGUGUCAGCAGUGAAACAGAUCAACCGCAAACUCAAACGGAUCCACCGCAAAAGAACCACAAACUACCAACUGGUCAAAUUCUUCACCGUCAAGGGGAUGGGCAAAGCCAUGGCCACGGUGGCACUGUUGCUGCAAGAGUUUGGCACGAAAAAAGUCGAAGUAUUUACCGGAACUGAGGAGGUUGUCGAUACGGUAAAAGCCGACACUGAGGGCGCUGACGACGAGUAUAAAUUGCGCAAAGUCAGCUACAUUGAGCUCCGAGUGUGGAUAUAA